CUGACCGUGUUGCCAAUUUGUCCGUGUAUCCUUAAAUUCUUUUUACAAAACAGGCAUAAAUCGUUUAUGUCCAUCUUCUUUUUCUACUUCUUCGAACGUGCGCUCAGUUGAGUUAGUUUGAGAAUAGCUGUGCUUCGCACAACAUACGUCACAUACUACGUUGCUCUGAUUGGUUUUAGGUCUAUCCAAUUGAGCGAAGAGGCAUUUUCCUUCCUGGAUCCGCCCUAUAAUCACAGCCCAAUGGUUCGGUCUCAGACUCAUAUUCUGACUAGAAUUAUGAGUAUGACAUCGCCAGGCUACGGCUAAUGACUAAACAUCAGCUUUUCCGGUCUCAUUAAUAAUUGAAGGGCUGCAACCAGUGAUUAUCUGGAUCAUUAUUAACAGUGCCCGCCCGUCAGAAGACACCUGCACCCUUCUCCGUGCAUCAGAGAUGGAAAUAAUCUUCUGUGGCCAAAAAACAUGAGGGAACGAUCAUCUACUGGUAGGGGUGUUUCACCCUCAGCUGAAAGGCUCUGGGUUCAAACCCCGAUGCCCUAAGUCCUUCCUGUAGGCAUCCUCGAGCAAGAUGCCCUCUAGCCCCAACCUGUUCCCUACGAUUAGUCUGUGACAGCGUUCACACUAGACUUUUUCUUGGGCGGACAAAUGUCCGACACUAUUCCAGAAUAUCGGACAUUUGGAAUAUCUUCCGGACGUUAUUAAUAAUUAAAUAAUGCGUGCGUGCAAUCGGCCAAUGUCCGGCUAUAGCCGGCUAACGUGAACACUGGUCUGUGAGCUAAGUAGCAUGAUCAUACUCCUCAAUGAGUCCGGACCUUCUCCCCGUGUUCCUCUCCAGGGUUCCAGGGUGUGUCUGACCUGACCGGCACGUCACGGAGGAGACCACAUCGACCUUCUGUCCACCGCACUCUCUCCUCCCUCCCUCCCCUCCCCCCCUCCUCCUCCUCCCCCCAGCUAGAGCGGACCGCUGGGACAUGCCCCCGGGGCUGUGCUGGAGGUGAGGCAGCAUGCGCGGGACCGUGGCGAGGGCCGCGGCGGCGACCACGGCGAGGGGGACGUGAUGUCAACAUGGUCCACGGCGGAGCACAUCAACAUGGAGCAACGGCCCAGCAGGGGGGAGGACGAGCCCCGGGACCAGGGGUCUGAGGAGGGCAGCAGCUCCGACAGCGACCCCGACGACCAGGGAGGGACCCGCCUGCAGGUGACCCCAGGGGGCGGCGGGGGGGGGAGUGGCUGCCGACGGCGGGACCCGCUGGUGGCCAAGCCCCAUCGCCAGCUGUGCCGCUCGCCCUGCCUGGACCGGCCUAGCUUCUCCCAGAGCAGCACCGCGCACGACCUCCGCACCGACGACGGCGCCAACGCCGCCGCCGCGGCGGCGUCUCCGCCGGUCGGCGCGCGCCACCACGCCGGCGAGCGCGACUACCAGAGCAAGAUGGAGUUCGCCCUGAAGCUGGGCUACUCGGGCGUGCAGGUGGACACGGUGCUCCACAAGCUGGGUGCGGCGGCGCUCAUCAACGACGUGCUGGCCGAGCUGGUGCGCCUGGGCAACGCGCCGGAGCCCGAGGCCAAGGCCGGUGGCGCCGGCACGGCCAGGGCCGCCGCGGGGCCCCGGGCCCCCUGCGUCACCGAGGCCCCCAGCCCCGAGGUCUCCCUGGAGGAGGAGCCGUGCGAGACCUGCGAGAAUCUGCGGCCCAUUGUGGUGGACGGCUCCAACGUGGCCAUGAGCCAUGGGAACAAGGAGGUGUUCUCGUGCCGGGGCAUCCAGCUGGCCAUCGAGUGGUUCCUGGAGAAGGGACACCGGGACAUCACCGUGUUCGUCCCCACCUGGAGGAAGGAGCAGUCCCGCCCGGACGCCCUCAUCACAGACCAGGAGAUCCUGCGGCGGCUGGAGAAGGAGAAGCUGCUGGUGUUCACGCCGUCGCGACGCGUGCAGGGCCGGCGCGUGGUCUGCUACGACGACCGCUUCAUCGUCAAGCUGGCCUACGACUCGGACGGCAUCAUCGUGUCCAACGACAACUACCGCGACCUGCAGAACGAGAAGCCCGAGUGGAAGACCUUCAUCGAGGAGAGGCUCCUCAUGUACUCCUUCGUCAACGACAAGUUCAUGCCACCUGACGACCCCCUGGGGAGACACGGGCCGAGCCUGGAGAACUUCCUCCGCAAGCGGCCCGUGGUCCCGGAGCAUAAAAAGCAGCCGUGCCCCUAUGGUAAGAAGUGCACAUACGGCCACAAGUGUAAGUACUACCACCCCGAGCGCGUCAACCAGCCGCAGCGCUCCGUGGCCGACGAGCUGCGCGCCUUCGCCAAGCUGUCGGCCGUGAAGACCAUGAGCGAGGGCGCGCUGGUCAAGUGCGGCCUGGGCCCGGCCGGCGCCAAGGAGGGCGGCGGCGGCUCGGAGGCCAAGCGCGUAGCGCCCAAGCGCCAGUCGGACCCCAGCAUCCGCUCCCCGGCCUGCGAGCCCGAGGAGACGGCGCCGUCGCCCCUUGCCGCCGCCCGCAAGCCGGAGGCGAGCUCCGUGCCUUCGCUGGUGUCGGCGCUGAGCGUGCCCACCAUGCAGCCCGCCAAGAGCCACGCACCCGGCGCCCUGAACACGCGCUCCGCCAGCAGCCCCGUGCCGGGCUCCAUGCACUUCUCCCACAGCUCCCUGGAGCACAUGUCCAGCGUGCACUACCCGCCCAUCCUGGUGACCAACAGCCACGGGGCCUCGGUCACCUACAGCGACCAGUUCCCCAAGUACGACUCGGUCAGCGACCACGGCUACUACUCGCUGCACAGCGACUUCUCCACCAUGAGCAUGGGCAGCAUGCAGAACGUGGACAGCUUCUGCAGCAUGGAGCACGAGCACGGGGGGGGCGGGGCCUACCAGCGGCCGGGCCCGGGCCGCCGCCCCGAGUCCUGCCUCAGCCACUCCAACAGCGACUCCUUCUCCUCCUACGGGGACCACUACCCCGGCUCGGGGGACGGCAGCCUGGAGGAGAGUCUGAAGGGGCCACGGCCGCCCUCGCUGAGCCAGGCGCAGAUCCACGCCUUCUCCCACGGCUUCCACCGGGACGCCCUGACCCGCGUGCACAGCUACGGCCCAGAGGAGCCCAAGCCGGGGCUCCGCAAGGCGGGCGGCGGGCACCUGGCGCCCCACAUCCAGCACGUGCCGGUGGGCGCGCGGUCCAGCUGCCCCGGGGACUACCCCCAGACGCAGAGCGUCCUGCCGCCGCUGUCGGCGCAGCCCGCCCGCUCGCUGGGCAUGACGCGCAUGGACAGCAUCUCGGACUCGCGGCUGUACGAGAGCAACCCCAUGCGGCAGCGCGGGCGGCCCCCGCUGUGCCGCGAGCAGCACGCCAGCUGGGACCCGCUGCCCUGCGUGGGCGGCGACUCGUACGGGUACCACUCGUACCCGCUGAGCGCCGGCCUCGUGCCGUGCUGCGAGCGCGUCAUGGUGCGCAGCAUGCCCGACAAGAUGGAGCAGAUCUGGAAGUCGCCGUGGGAGACGCCGCCGCCGCCGCCGCCCGCCGCCGAGCGCCACGUGGCCCCGGAGCAGCGGUACCAGACGUACCGCAACCUGUGCAACAUCUUCCCGGCGUACGUGGUGCACGCCGUCAUGGAGAAGAACCCCCACCUGAGCGACCCGCAGCAGCUGGCCGCCGUGAUCGUCACCAAGCUGAGGUCCUGUCACUGAGUGCCGGCACGUUCGUUCACAUUGCCCACAAUGCCCUGGGGCCGCUCAUUGGGUGUUUGGCGCGUUUGGGUGGACGACGGUGUGUUUGUUUGUUUUUCGGAUGACGGUGGCACUUUGAGCCACGUUUCCCGGGUGUUGUGUUAACUGGAGCAACACUGCCCUCAAGAGGAUCUGGAAAGUACUGCAGUGCGACGAGUCACUCAGAGAACUCCGUAAGUAAAAGUCAAUCCAACGUUUGGAUGUUUGACGCAGGAAAAACCAAGACUGAAUAUCUUUUGUCGUGCAUUUUCAUAUUCUCUCAUUUUAAAACUCGGACCGGGACACACAACACCUGGGGCGCUUCAUAACAGCCACGUAGCACAUGCAUGGAAAACAUCCGACUUUAUACUAAAUAUACAGUUAUAUAUUGUAUAUAUCCACAUUAUGUCUUAAAGCUUUUCAAGAUUCUGACCAUUCUCCACUCUGUUGCUCAACAUGAUGCAGCUCAUAAUUAGUAUUAAAAAAGGCAUAUCUGCAACGAUCAUUAACAUCACGUGGCUACCUGAGGCCAUGCUCUCACGAUGACCCAAGAACUACUGUUGACCACCAGCUCCGUCAAUGAGGCCAUUAGCCCAUGAUACGACACAAGCUAGCAAAGUGAGGCACACGCACUUGCCCUCGAAAUGACCCCUGGAUUCAUCUCAACAGCAAGAUUCAUCGGACAUCCUGAUUCAGGCGUGAAUCAGACGCUUCAGUGCGUCCCCCCAGGUUGUUGAUGUGUGUCCGACACGGGGGUUUGACGUACGCGCGAGGUGACCGAAGUCUUGCGCGUUGUUUGUUGUCGUGUUUCCUCGGAGGAGCGCGAGGGAGGCUGCUUCUUACCUCACAGCAUGACGCCUUAUCUCCCACCGACCCAUGCUUCAGCCACCCCCUCGUCUGCUGCUCUGCCUCCUCCUCCUCCGCCCGCCCGCCACAUGUAAAGAUCUAUUUUCUCAGUUUCACCUCACAAAGCUACUAUUUUGGUAGGACUGAAAAGGCUCGGACCCGGGAACGCACACGUCUUUGUACAUAGAAUUCACACCAAGCCAUCAUUUCAGACAUUAAUACGCUGCUAAACAAUGCCAAAAAAUGAAUCUAUUUAGUGUAUUUACUACUAUUCAUUUAGGGAGCAGGGCAACAGGGAGAAGGUGGGAGCAGGGCUAGGCAUCACCGUAAGUGGUAGUCUGAGGACAUGGGGAUCGAACCCCCCGGGUUGCGAGUCCAACACCCGAGGCGCCACAGCUCCAUCCUGGCCCAGAGUUCUUCUCCCGGGUUGGAGGGUUCAACCGAAUCAUAGAUGUUGUUUCAACAGUUCAUUUGGUGUCGUUUUCCGUCCGGUGUAUUUAUUGCAGAUUCAGGAUUUUCUAACAUAUAUAUUUCUGUAAGAUGUUUCUAUGAUGCUCAAAGUUGGCACAAUUUAGAUUUGCCCGAAUUAAUUUUGUCGGAAUAUCGAGGGAUAUUUCUCAAUGGAAAAGUAUAUCGCAAGGAGGUCUGCAACUAUAUUAACCGUAUAAAAAAAUGUUUGUAAAAAAGUAUUUUAUGCUAACCGAGCAACGCUCGGAUUGUGGUCGUAACUUCACCCACAACGGCUCCACCGCUCAAAACAUAAACCGGAGAAGGUUUCUCGAUGUGGGGAGACUGCUUUCUACUCUCUGCUUUUUCACAAAGUAGGAAGAAGAAUCUUAUUGCCUUGCAGUCUAGUACACUCACAUGUUCACUUUAACUCGAUGGUCCACCUCUACCCCGUGUCCCAGUCAGCUCGGAGCCGUACCGUUAAAGAUGGCGCUGGCUCUGCUGAACCCGGACCUUAUUGCUUUACAAAGGGACGUACCAUUGGACUCGGUUCUCGUGAUGCACUUUGAUAUCCAGCACAUUGAGCUUCUAAUGUUGACUUUCGUCUGUGCCAUUUCAAUACAUGUAAAUAUGUGCUAAAUAUACAUUAUAGUUGUCGUAGUGUCACCGAGUCGGUUGUAUUCGAGAAUCCCGCCCCGCAUACACGACAUCGUACCAGCCAUGUAUAGAAUGGUACGCACCAAGAAUGGGGACGCCAUGUUCCACGUCUAACAAGGCUUGGGUUUGUUCCUGAAGCCUAACCUAAUUCGUCCAAGAAGUCCGCUAUAGUAGGUGUCCGAGUUAGGCCCGGGGCCUGGCGGUUAAAGAGCCUUGGACGUUACUAAUAACGACCGACGUAACACCGCGACUCGCCGCUCACAUUAGUAAAAAAACGCUCCGAAGUUUCAGUUGGUGACAUCAGUGCCUUGCUACAGUCCGCGUUGCUUAGCGACCAGGUGUUUACCUCGUCAUCACAGGAGGUGGUACUUUACCGCGUUUACAAGUAUCUGACACACAGCCACAGACGCAUGCGGCCGUCCGGUGGCGUAACGAGGCGUUGCUACGGGCAACACCAUAGUAUCUGGUGGAUGGCGUCUGGCUCUGGGGCCACUGGGGGAACGCAGUGGGCCGAGCCAGCCUUAACGCCGGGUUAACUAGGCGUCUUUUAAACAGGAAUACCACUUAAUCCGAUCACUUGAGGUGGUUUUAUAAUCCUUAGAAUAAACAUCAUGGUUUUGUUGUAUAGGAAGUGAAUCGAGAGUUGCCACUAUUUUCAGCUAUCAAAUUAAUUAAGAUAUUUAAUCAAUAGACGUACGUGAAUGUGAUGAAGACAAUAAAAUAACAAGUAUACCUUUGGCGUUGGGCCAAAUACAAGUACAGUACUAACGUCAUUUUUAACUAAACAAAUCUAAAGCUGCACAUUUAAUAACACCACACUACUACAUUUCCCGAAAACAAAGUGGUAUUAGUCUUAAUCUAGUUUUUUAAUCAAGCCUAAACUAGACUUAUCGUGCUUUAGAACGUGUACAUUUCUCUAAAUGCUGUGUGAAAGUGCUUAGAUGUACAGUUAGGAGGAAAGAAAAAACCCUUAUUUGAUUGUUGCUCUCCCCAAAGGACUUUUUGGGUUCUGAGGACUUAGUUUUUUCAUGGAGUGGGAUAGAGGCGUCCUAUCCACUCAUGAGAAGGUGAACAUAACUGCCUAAAUGUUUCCUCCUGUGAAACAAUUGGAUCGCAAAGGCUGCCGUCAAGGUUGUUUCUGGCAUUUGGCUUAGGGUUUGCGGGCCAUUCCUUCCCACUUCCCCUACAUCCUUCUACCCUUCCCCUACAGCCUUCUCCACUUUCUCCUACACCCUUCUCCACUUCCCCUACUACAUCCAUCUCCACUUCAUCCUACAUCGUUCUCUACUUCAUCGUCCUCCUCUCCCUCCUCCAUCUCAGCCACCCUUCUAAGUAAUAGACCAUUAAGGCCAUCAUAUCCCGAGCAAAAGGUGUGGUGCUAGCCUUUGUUAGCCGAGGAUGCUCACGAUGAGGCUUGCAACCAAAUUGAUUUGAUUGUUUACCUCAUGGUAGCAUGAUGCUACAUUGUAUUUCGAUAUGUAAAAUUGAAUUAGAAUUGAAUAAUUGUAAAUGCCCAACACACCCACAUACACCCACAUAUAUGAGACAGGGAUCUUUACAGGCAAAAAAUAUGUAGCUAAUUAAAACAAUAAUUUCAACUGCUGAUUUGUACUAGCCGUCGACUCACCAACAGAGGGCAGUGUUGGGCUGGCUGUCCCUUGGUACCGCAACCCUUGCUCACCGGUCUGUUGCGUCACUCCACCCCUGAAAGUGCGACUUGCAGGUUGGCAGCCCGUUUAUUCAAAAUGUAGAAAAAGAAAGACCUACAAUUUAUUUGUUUUGCUACCCACACGUUAGUGAUCCGGGGAUGCCAGUCUGUCAGGUGCCCUUCACUUUUCCACCAUGCACCCAAUGCGCACCAUGCGUUGCGCACCGUAUCGCCUGGAGGGAAAGGGGCGUGCCCAGCUCCCUCCCAUACCCUCCAUCUUGUUUAAAGGCCGCAAACAGCUAAGCCACAAAUGUCUAGAAUUGACUUUUGCUUGUUGAUACAAAUUGUAUCUAUAACUUGAUUGUAAAAUACAUUUAAAAAAUAAAAAAAAGUUGAAAAAAACUAAACAAAAGAACUGUAAAGUGUAAAGCUAGUUUUAUUUAAAUGUAGCGAAGAAAACCUUAACCGCCAUAACGUUUGUGACACCGUGUGUCACUGGGAGUAGCCCAUUAGUAUGUACUAACACUCUCGGGGUACAGCAGUUUGUUAUUUAAAGGGGCAUUCUAGUGCUACACGAGUACUACACAGUACACAGAUACCUGUGUACACAGAUAGCAGUACGUGCUGUGGCCUCUGUACAUAUUCUUGUGUGUGUAUAUACUUGUAUGCAAAGUUAAAGGUGUAGUGUGGGGACUUUAGUGGCAUCUAGUGGAGCAAACUCGUCAGGAUUGGAUUUUUUUAAUUAGUGUUUAACCCCGUUCAAAUAGGAGUCAUAUUUUCGUCACCUUAGAUUGAGCCCUGUUCCACUGCAAUUUCUACAGCAGCCAAGAAUGGACAAAUUACUCUAGAGAGGAUGCGUUUUUAUAAAACGCUACCACAAUGAGGAACAACUAACAAUCCUAAUCAGCUUCCCCUAAGUACUAUAUUUUUACAGACUGAAUAACUAGACACAAUUCAUAAAUCUAUAUCAAGGGACCUCAUCACUUGACACUUGGCAACUUGAUGCUGUCGCAGACCAUCAUUUUUGGUCGCAAUCUGAAACCUCAUUGCAAGACGACACUAAAUUCUCAUAUAUAGCACCUUUAACUUUAAAAGUAAAACAAAUUUUAAAAUAACUUGUUAUAGCUGGAUGGCCAUGCAACAGGUAUUGAUAGCAUGUGUACCGCAGAACCACAUGCUAUCCAUUUGCUUAUCUUUUAGCAUGCUAAUGCUAAAAUGCUAGCACCCUAGCGUACUAACACAAUCCCAUGUACUAGCCUUAUCCUACAUCCAUGGAAUAGCGUGCUUGACCAUUAGCAUGCUAACCUGAAAAUUCUCACAUGAUAGCAUGCUAAUGCACUGGCACGCUAAGAUAGGCCUACUUGCAUGGUAACAAGCACUAGCAAGAAUUUCCUUACAUUUACAUGCUAAAGCUUACCUGCUAGCCCACGAGAGCGCUGUGUGGUUUCUAAGGUGUGGCUAUGACGUUGCUAGGGUUCUCUGGGCCAAUGAUUGAAUAAGAAGUUCUGAAUGUGAACCAGUGCACCUGGGUUAAAUUGUGCUCUCUCCACCCUAGUGUUAAUGCUGUAUAGAUAUUAUAUCGUCAGUCCGUUUCGUCAAACACGUUUGGAAGUGUAUUUGCUGCACAAGGAUUACUCUAUUUUGAAGGACAAAAUAAUAUUUUGUUGUACUAUUAAGGUUGAGAUGGUGGACACAAAAAUGUCUGCUGUUUAUUGAAUGAACAAUAACCCAGUGUGUUGAUAAAGUAGGUGUGUUGAACCGUGUUUUUUUUUACCGAGCUUCUUUCACUAAAAGUAGUUCACUUGUUCAUAUAUUAAUUGGAUGGUCUUGCUUACCCCUGUGACUCACAGAAAGUCAACUAUUGACACUUUUUAGCUGGAGUUAAUUUUGUUGCUAUCGAGUGUGUGUUGUCGGUCCAAGUCAAUUGUUCAGUUGAUGUGACCCAAACCAAAGUGUUUUUAGUGUGUAACCAAGUUGUACAGACACAAUGCAAAUGCAGUAAUGUACAAAAAUAUAUAUAUAUUGGCUAUUUACAGAGACGCACACACUCGCCAUCAAACAGAGUUUACACAUACAAUGCUGCCAGUAUUCUAGUAGUUUGGUUAAAUUAAACAGAAGAAGAUGAUUGGUUCUCUCGGUGUGAAAAAAAGCCAAAUUUUCCUCCGCAAAUUGAGUACAGAGGAUUUGUCCACCGAUCGUUUUAUAGAGUCUGGAAAUGUAACUUAGUGAUCCACAUAUUUGACCCCAAUCCAUUUGGGAUGGAAGGGCAUUUUGGUCAGACGUUCACAAAACAACACUUUUAUACAGACAACAUUGUACACCCUAUGAAGCCGUAGUAUUAUGGUUAUUAGGGGGAGUCACCUCAUCAGGUGGCCUCCCAAAUAUAUUUUUCCAUGUCCAUUUGGAAUUCAUUAAAUAUUCUAUAUUCAUACAUGUGAGAGAACAGAGAGAGGUGUGCAGUCAGGUUGAAUACUACAGAUUUCUAGAUAAAGAUUACUAGACAGUUGUGUUUUUAUUUCCAAGUGGAAAUGAAAACGAAUUGCAAUUAGCUCACGAAUUUGAAGUAACAUACAGACAACAGACAACACUCAGGUAUAAACAAACAAAAUCACUCAACGCUACAAAGGUCCUUGGUUUUGGAAAGUGAACUCUAAUUAAAAUGUGAUGAACUUCAAUUGAUAAAGUCCAGGUCUGACGUUCUUAAUGGAAUAAUUUGAAGUGUUGUGUAAAUUGUGUUUGCGAUGUAACGCAAGACAAAGGAAUGGGGCUGUUGUGUUGUUUUGAUGCGCUGCUGUGUAUAUCCUGUACUCCUCACUGAAUGGACAGCAUCACUUUUUAUGGACCAAAAAUAUCCAAUGGACUCUUUGGGUCUCGAACUCAAACAAAAUGUAAGUCUUAAGGACAAUGUGUUUCCCUCCAUAAAUAAAGUAUAACUCUUUUCAAGCUG